AUGAAUUUGUUUCAAAAAAACAAAAGCAGUCUCACUUUCCGGACGAGUAAACGUCUUGCCCUUCUCAAAGAAGCCUUCCAGGAGCCUGGCAAUGACGAGAAGGAGAAGGUGCCACGCUGUACCUGGGCUAUAUUACUGGUCUGCGAGAUGGAAUUCUUUGAGGAAUAUAUAAAUUCGUGCGCGGCUGAGGGUCACAAGAGUCCCAAAACCUUUGAUGAAAUGGACCUUCUGGAAGAGUGGACCAAUACUGGAGAGCUAUCCAUGGCAAAUAAAUAUGUUGGCUCAGUCGAUCAAAUGAACACCACCAUAGAAUCAGACAGCGACGAUGAUUUCUGCUCCACUAUUAUGGCUAAAGUCCGAGAAAGAGACGCCGACAAAUGUGUUAUUACAUCUCAGUCAACUUCUAUGCUUUGCGAUAUCUGUCCAGACCACCUACUUCAAGAAUUCAGUUAUUCUUUUUGGAUAAGACUUCUCGGAUGGUGGGAUUUUGAGACAGUACAGAGAUGGAAGCUGCCAUUGUUUCCCAAUCAUCCACAUUAUGAGGCGGAGGAGACUAUCCAGAAUUAUAUCUCCUUGAGUCCGGUACUGCGAAAGUAUUGGGAAUGGGGGGACUUUGUGCUCCGACCUCAUCCAAAACAUAGGGUGUGUCACAGGGAAAUUCAGGUGCAAAUUUUCUGUUUACCUUUGCAGGAUCAUUGCUGGAGCGACAAAAUCUGUAUCUUCAGCAAGCCCCCUCGCAUCAGGAAGGGGACCACAGUUAAAUUGGUUGGGUUUGAAUCAGAAGAACUCAAGGAUUUGAAAUCUGGGGAUUGGAUCACUCUAACAACUCCGGAUCCGGUUAAACUGCCGCUGCCGAGCUGGGAUCUUCUGGAGUUGCGGUUUAUUAUGACGAUUUUUGCUCGAUUUGCUGGAACGAUCGUGCCAGAGGAGGGAUGCAACCAGGAUAAAUAG